AUGAUGCGCUUUGACCGACCCAUUGUUCAGCACCGAUAUUACGGCAAGCAAUCUCAGUGGCAAAUGGGAGAAACGCUACAACAUCAAUUCAUUGUCGUGGGCGAUCCGCACGAGUUUGACCCUGAGAAGUGGACGUGCAAUCCGAAGGAGUUGCCUAAAAGGCACCCAGAAACGAACAUCAGCGUACUUCUUGUCGGGGCCGCCCUAGAACGGUUCCGUCCCAGCAACUCCAGAAGGCUUAUCCAUCAACACGCCGCCAGCCUGGAGUCUGGAGCGUACAUCGCACAGCUGCGACAGGUGCAUGCUCACUGUUCAAUAUCUGCAUACAGUGAUUUGCUCAACCUCCAGUGGUUAUUGCUCAUGUGUCGAAUCAGAUGCGAGCUCGUGACCUUAGAAGGGAGUUUCGCUGAACACUGCUAG